UGGUUAUCUCUUAUAUUACUUGGGUAGUUCUAGUAGGUACAUGUUUACUCUAAUGGAACAUUUUGAAAUAAUUCAUAUUUGAGUAGGAUGGAAUCAUAUGAUUGAAUUGGUGUGGACAUUGUACAUUUCACCUGCAUCUUGUCAAUUUCACUUGAGGUGACUCAUUGAAACUUUGAUUAUGUACAUUUAUCUAAUAUUAAUAAACAUUUAGAAGUAACGAAUUCCUGCUGAUUUUGUUUGUACAGUUUGAAUGCAGCACCCACGUUUCAUCUUUCCACCUAUGAGUCCUGGUAAUGUUGAACUCUGCCUGUCAAAUUUAGGAGGACCCCGUUUGGAUGUCUGUUAUGUGAUUGAUAUAACUUGUUCGCAGAAAAGUAAUCUGAAGAAACACAUACAAAUCCAUUCAAGUUCUAUGCGUUUGCAUAGGAUGCAUGUUGAGUGUUUUCUCUCUAGAUUUCCGUGAACCCAAAAAGAGGAAAAUGUCGUUGAAAGUUCUCAGUCUCUGGAUGUUCUUUUUGUCUCUGACGAAAGUAUGUUUCUCUUGAGUUGAUAGUGGGUGAUAGUACAUAGAGAUAGGAUGCCAGUGAACAAAUGUAGGGGUGACCAGCUCAUGGGAAACAUAGUGUUAGCGAUGGAGUAACUUGUUUGGCACUGGUUAGUAUGCAUUGUAGGUGAACGUCUGAGGUAUUCACAGAACUCUGAUGAGAGCAUUGUAUUCCUCUGCAAUUUUGAUUUCAACAUAAUCAACUCAGUAUCUGACCUGCAAAAUUUAUUCUUCUACUUGCAGUUCUUGUGGCCACAGCUUCAGUUGGAGUCAAGAGCAGCAUUGUUGGAACAAAAUCUCGUCCAAGGAUUCAUUUCUCCCAAUGUAGGAAAUCGUAAUGUCAGAAUGAAGUCAAAUACUGGAGGUCAUCCUCAUACUUGUCAUAUUUGUGAGAAAACCUUCUCACAAAGUAGCGAUCUGAAAAGGCACAUUCGCAUCCACACUGGAGAGAAACCAUUUAAAUGCAAAAUAUGUGGAAAAGGAUUUACUCAAAAUGCCCAUUUGAAGUGCCAUAUGCUGGUUCAUAUUAAUGGCGAAGGAAUUCAAAUGAUGUUUGGUGUCAGAAGAAUGCAUUGGAGGGGUUCAAUUCCACAUGGUGAAAGUGUUUCUCUGGAGGACUCGGCCACAUUCCGGCACAGACAGCUCUGUCAAGUCUGCAAGAGAGUUUUCAGUGAUCUUGACGCCCACAUGCUUACUCACGUGAAGGAGAAACCACAUGAGUGCGAUUUUUGUGGGAAACGUUUUGUCCAGAAAGUUCAUUUGAAGCAUCAUAGAAUGAUCCAUACGGGAGAGAAACCAUACGUUUGUUCCAUUUGUGGGAAAGGUUUUAAUCAAGGCAGCAAUUUAAAGGGCCAUAUGAUGGUCCAUCUGAAACUGUGAUCUCUUAGAAAGAAACUAACAAAUGUUUUGUUUCGAUUCAGUGUAUGUGAUAGGAAGGAGUUGAGAAACUGUUGGGUUCUAUUCUGUUUGCUUCUGAUUCAACUUUGGUUGUUUUUCUUAAACGUCAUUGUUUCAUUAUUUUCAGGAAAGGAUUAUGUUGAUAUUGUAGCAACAGUUUUGUUUUUUUAGCCUAGAAAUGAUCAAGUUCUCAAAACUAAUUCCAGGCACAAUUAUAGUUCCAAGUCAUUAACAAAACUUCUUGUCAAAUCUUUUUCAGUUUGGUGUCGAGAGAAACCACGAGAAGGGUUCCAAGCACUGCCAACUCUGCCAAAUCUGCAGAAGAGCCUACAAUGAUCUCGAGGCCCAUAUG